AUGACCGACGCAGCCUGCAGGCUUUUCCCGGAGUUAAUAUGGCUCCGGCCAGCGAGCCACGGGGUCGCGGUUGAGGAAAGGAGACUAAGCUUUUCCUAGGCUUUGGCCACGAUCAUGUCAACGAUGGUGCUUCGGUCACGGUUCUGCGAGAUGUUGUCGCUCUGCAGGCACCCCGGGCGUGGGGUCGCGGCGCUGUCAACCAGUUCCAAGCCAGAGGUGAAGCCUGAAGUGGACCCUCUGGGAAAUGAAGCCGUUGCUCCGGAGUUCACCAACCGGAACCCCCGGAAUCUGGAACUGUUAGCCGUGGCCAGGAAGGAGCGGGGCUGGAGGACAGUGUGGCCCUCCCGCGAGUUCUGGCACAGGUUACGGGUUAUAAGGACCCAGCAUCACAUAGAAGCACUUGUUGAGCGUCCCAGUGGCCAGACUGUGGUUUCCGCAUCCACACAUGAAACGACUGCAGAGCGCAAUGACCGAAGGCGGUGUGGUGCUGCAGGAGCCGCGGAGACGUUAUCAAUGAGGGAGUGGCCUCAUGCGGCACGUGCGAGUGUCCAGCUGUCAGCGCUUCCAUCCGUCCGUCCGGAGAGAGCAUCUGGAAGAACAGCCGGCUUGAAAGUGUUGUGCGAUAAUGUAGCUGCAGGAAGGAGCUCGCAGUGGCAUCGGCCCCUCCUUGCCUGGCGUGUGUGGGGCUGAUGUCUUAGGGAAGCAUCCGAGGAUAGCCGUCACCAGUUAUAAUUAACUCUUGAAGUUCAAAUUAAAUGCUUAUACGUUAAAGAAUAAAGGCAUAUUCUGAACUCCUAA